AUGGCGACCCUCACGGUGCCAACAGAGGGGAUUUCUGGCGACAGCAACUACACUGGAACAUCUAUACACGAAUACAAUCAGAGUCCGGCGCCUCAUGCUGAUCCGAGGUUAGAAAAGGCCAAAUUAAAAGGUAAAUUAGAUAACCAAGAAGAGAUAUUUGUUGGGGAAAUACACAGCAAGGCCAAGUUGUUAGAAAGAAUUGCAGGUGGUUCAUUUGGAGAGGUUUAUUUAGGAGAGAUGGUUCACAAUAAACUCAAAGUUGCUGUUAAAUUGGAGCCCCAAAAAACGUGGAUACAACCAACUCUGAUGAAUGAAGGGAAGGUUUACAGAAAAAUGGGUUCAGAUGUAGAUAGAGUACCUGUUUUGUACUGGUUUGGAUACUAUGGUCCUAAUGAUCUGUAUGCAGCUAUGAUUAUGGAUCUGUUGGGAACAUCUCUGUACCAGACAUGGGUGGAAUGCAAUCAGGAAUUUUCACAAAAAACAAUGUUGAUGAUUGUUGAUGAGACUCUGACAUGCCUAGAGAACAUUCACUCUCGUAAUUGCAUACAUCGAGAUAUCAGUCCAAAUAAUUUUGCCAUAUCUUCCAACAUCAACAAACCUGGUGACAGAGAAAAAAUCUCAAUAUUUGACUUUGGUCAUGCUCAAGUUGUUUCAGCACAGCCUCAGUUCACUUUUGGAUCGAGAAGACCCACAUUGCAAGUUGCAUCUACAGGCAAGAUAGCAGGAACACCUCGAUUCGCCAGCAUCUUCAACCAUCUUGGCCAUCCCCCUUCCUACAGAGAUGACAUGGAGUCCUUAGGAUUUGUAUGGAUUUAUCUCAUAAAAGGUCGUUUACCUUGGCAAGGUUUAAAAGUGGAUUUAACAGAUUGUCGAUUGUCACAGAUAGGCAAGCGAAAGAUGGAAACGCCACUAGAAGUCCUCUGUGAUAGAAUACCUCAAGAGUUUGUUGUAUAUUUCGAAUACGUUCGUAGACUUGGGUACUUACAGCGACCUGAUUAUGAGGAAAUUAGGAAGAUGUUUAGGCGCCUAGGACAUAGUAAAGGGGUUGAAUAUGAUUGGUUGUUUGAUUGGAAUACAUAG